GUUAAACGACAUACAACUUAAUACCGAUUGGAGUAUAACGACAAUGUCGUUUAUCUGCGAAUGUCUCUCGUCCCAGUAACCGACAAUCAAAUUCGUUCCCGAUCUUACUUCGGUGAUUCUCAAGGCAAUUUCUCCGGCAAGUGCUCCAUCACCGAAAUGGACCUCCUCCUAUUGCAAGGGGACGUUGAUGAGUUCAGAGAGAUUAUGGGAAUCAUCAAUAAAGAAAUGGAUUUGGUUACUUUAAGUGAUGAGAAUCUUCGCCGUGUAUUUAUGAUUUUCGAAAUAGCAUUUGGAGUGGUCAAUGCCCGAACGAAGCCGGUUACAGAGACGGAUGUGGACCAGUUAUGGUGUUCUAGUGUUGACGGCAUGGUGGCUGUGGCCAAGCAGAUAUUUGAUUAUGCAAGUGAGAUGACUUUUCAGGACUUAGAUGAACAGUGGAAGCAAGCAGUUCUGGGGAUGUUAAGAGGUGCAUGCAAUGUAAUCAGUAAACAAAGUGUGCUUGACUCAACUCAGCUAGGUGUACUUAAGGAACUUCAAGCCGAAGUUGCUUUAACAACUAAUGAGAGGCUGUUAGUUGGGGAAUUAGAGAGCCAGAGCAAGGAAUAUGACCUUUCUGGUGAAGCAUCCUGUAAGCCCUGUAUUUCAUGGCCUCGAAAUGGACGUAUAACCCUGGAGUGGAUUCAAGUUCUUAUUUCAACCUUAAAGUGGUCUUCAUGGAAAGACCCAAAGGAGUUCUAUAACGUAAUGCCUGUCACUGUAGCGAAAAAAUUGAUUAAUGCUGCUUCGAAAAUCAUGAGAGGUGAAAAGAAUUGUGUGAAAGUCCAUGUUAGAGAGGACUCAGAAGUUAUUAUAGUUGGUGACAUACAUGGACAGUUCCAUGACCUGAUUGCUCUUUUUGAAGAAAAUACUGGAUUUCCAUCUGAUCGUCGAUAUUUCAUCUUCAAUGGUAAUUAUGUUGGUGGAGGUUCAUGGGGUUUGGAAGUACUUCUAGUUUUGUUGGCUUGGAAGGUCCUGAUUCCUCAUAGGGUAUUUUUACUCCGUGGAAAUCAUGAAUCAAAAGAUUGCACAUUGACAAAUGGUUUCUGGUCAGAGAUAUGCACCAAAUUUGGCUUAAAGGAGUGCAAAAGUGUCUAUGAUAAAUGCUUGGAGAGUUUCAAAGCAUUUCCAUUGGCCUCAGUCAUAGCUAGUAGCAUUUACACAACACAUGGGGGACUAUUUCGUAGUGAAGGCAGUGGCAGUGCAAAAAGUUCUCAAGGCGUAAAGAGAAGAAAGUUGAAUACUUUAUGUUUGGGUUCUUUAAAGGAGCUAGCUAAAGUUAAUAGAUUUCUUGAAGAUGUGCCUGAAAAUAGUUUAUUGGCUGAUGUUCUAUGGUCUGACCCAUCUUUGGAAACUGGGAUCAGAGAAAACAAAGAUAAAAGAUCAGGUCUACUUUGGGGUCCUGAUUAUACUGAGGAGUUCUUAAGUGAAAACAAUUUAAAGUUGAUUAUAAGAUCACAUGAGGGUCCUGAUGCAAGGACUGGUCAGGAAGAUUCUAGAAAUUUAUUGAAUGGGUACAGCAAAGACCAUGAUGUAGCAUCAGGGCAACUAUAUACUUUGUUCACUGCUCCAAGUUACCAACAGUUCGGUGGAUUUGAUAAUGUAGGAGCAUAUGCAGUCAUAAAGCCUCCUAAGUAUGAUUCUCCUAUGUUCCUGCCACUCAAAGCUGCAAAAAGACCUGAGGUACCUUUUUAUGAUAGUUUUCUAUACGAAGACUUUGAUUCAGAUGGAGCAGAAGACUUUGUAUCGACGGAUUCAGAGGAGGAACAUGACUUGACAUCAACGAAUGCAAUUGAAGGACGUGACAUGACUUUGAUGGAGACCAACAUAGAACUCAACAAAAAGAUGCUAGCUCAAGGAGAAAAAAUCAAACAACUAGAGAGCCUUGUUGAAGAGUUACGAAAGGAGCAGGGUGAUCGCUCAAAGAGGAUGGAAGACAUGUUAAGUACUCUUUUACAGCAAUCAUCUCGCAAAGGUCAUGGCAAAGGUUCAUGAAUACAGGUUACAAGAAUGUCAGAAUUUAGAACUCAGAAGUCAAGUGCAGCUGCGUAACAGAAAGUACCAGGCAGCAAGCGAUUUAUGAUGCGAGAGGAACUUCAAGGGGGCAAUAGUUUUCAAAGUCAACAAAUGUAAAAGAUAAUAAUCAACAGGGGAGUAUUGAAGAAUUUAAAGGUGGAUGAUUAGUGUUGGAAUAUAAUCUUGAAGUUUUGCUCAAUUCUGUGCGUUAUGAAUCGAUUGAUGUAAAGUGAGGGGUAAAGUGCUACUCACGACUGCCAGUAUAAAAGUAGCAGUGCAUGCGAUGGAGAAGAAGAAGCAUUAGAAGAUAUGGAAGAGGUGAAUCGGCAACAUGGGAUGAGAUAAAGAUUUUUGAAAAGUUGAUGUUCACUUACGAGUCUUCUUUUGUUUGAGAGUGUAAUAUUGUUUAGGAGAGUUUAUAGCCUAGGGAUGAAUGUUUGCUUCCUCAGAGAUCUGGAUUAGAUACCAAGAUUCAAGUUCAGAGACAAUGAGUAACAAUGGCAAGGAACAGAUUGCAAUGCAACUUACACAGGCAAGAAGAAAACCAAAUUUGAUAUGCUUUUUGAUAAAUUAUCUAUCUGUUUCUUGUUUCAAUUUUAAUUAACAUCUAUAAGAUUCUUUCUGUCAACUAUGUUAUUCAUACCCCCUUCAAAAGAAAUCUUAUACUUUCUUUAGUUGA